AUGUUUAAACAAACAAAACACAAAUCAAGAGCUAAACAUUCCUGGCAAGUGUGGGCCCUCUACAUGGUGUUAGCUGUAAACCUCUCUGAAGAACAAGUGCUGAAGCAAAGUUGUCCAUCAUGUGAUGCCUCUGAGCUUUGCAACUGCUCUUCCAUGGGCUUGGAUUUCAUUCCCCAAGAACUCACAGACAAAAUUGUAACAUUAAACCUGUCCCACAACAGGAUCAAGCACAUCCGAUCCCAGGAUCUGCAGCAGGCUGUGAACCUGAGAGCCCUGCUGCUGCAGUCCAACACAAUCAGCUCAAUAGAUGAGGACUCGUUUCGCUUCCUUGGGAAACUGGAGCUCUUGGACUUGUCAAAUAACAGCCUGGCUCACUUGUCCCCUGCAUGGUUUGGUCACCUCCUUUCCCUCCAGCAGCUCCACCUUCAAGGGAACUCCUACAGAGACCUGGGGGAAAGCUCCCUGUUUUCUGGGCUGAGGAACCUGAGCUCUCUCCACCUGGGCAACCCACAGUUUUCCACAAUAAGGCAGGGAAACUUUGAGGGCAUUUCAGUUCUCCAGUAUUUAUGGAUUGAGGGUGGCAAUCUCAGUCAGUAUGAGCCAGGAAGUUUGAAACCGAUUCAGAAGAUAAAUCACAUGAUCAUAAACCUGAGGAACGCUAAAGUAUUCUCAGCAAUUGUCAGGGACCUUCUGCACUCUGUCACUUGGUUAGAAGUGAGAGAAAUUCAGUUAGAUAUUGAAAAGAAAAGCUUGGUGCAGAAUUCAAUGCCUCCUUUUAGCAUACAAAAACUUACAUUUAAAGAUGCUUGGUUCACAGACCAAUAUAUUACCCGAACAAUAGUAUUACUGAAGGAAAUCACAUCACUGCAAGAGAUUGAGGCCAUUGAUUGUGUGCUUGAGGGGAAAGGAGCCUGGGAUACUACAGAAAUUAAAGUAAGUGGACAAAGUUUUGUUGAAUCAGUGUCCAUAAUAAACCUAAUGAUUCCAAAUUUUCACUUGUUUUUUGACCUGGAGGGCAUGGAGUCACAAGUAAAACAACUGAAAAGACUCACCAUUGCGGGCUCCAGAGUUUUCAUGGUACCAUGCAAACUUGCAAAACAUUUUUCAUCACUUCAGUAUCUGGACUUUAGUAAUAACUUGCUAGUAAACAAUCGCUUAGAUGAGACAAUCUGUGAAAAAGGUUGGCCUUUGCUGCAAACUUUAAACCUAAGUCAAAACUCUCUUAAAUAUCUGAAAGAAACUGCAAAUUCUGUAACUCGUCUACUCACACUGAGAAAUCUUGACAUUAGCCAAAAUAAUUUUGGUGAUAUUCCAGAUGUGUGUGAAUGGCCCCAAACCCUGAAAUAUUUAAACCUCUCCAGCACUCAAAUUCCUAAACUCACGACUUGCAUUCCCACAACACUGGAAGUUUUGGAUGUCAGCUCAAACAACCUGAGGGAGUUUGCACUGCACCUGCCAUUUCUCAAAGAGCUGUACCUAGCCAAAAACCAGCUGAUGACCUUGCCUGGUGCUGCACCUGUUCCUAACUUAGUGGUCUUGUCAAUCAGAAGGAACAAGCUCAGCAGUUUCUCCAGGGAAGAGUUUGAGUCCUUCAAGCAAGUGGAGCUGCUGGAUGCCAGUGACAACAACUUCAUCUGCUCCUGCGAAUUUCUCUCCUUCAUCCAGCACCAGGCCAGGAUAGCCCAGGUGCUGGUGGGGUGGCCAGAGAAGUACGUCUGUGACUCUCCGCUGGCGGUGAGAGGGGCGCAGGUUGGGGCCGUGCACCUCUCCCUGAUGGAGUGCCACAGGUCCCUCGUGGUGUCCCUGAUCUGCGCCCUGGUGUUUGUGGUCAUCCUGGUGCUCGUGGCCCUUGGCUACAAGUACCACGUGGUCUGGUACCUGAGGAUGACCUGGGCGUGGCUCCAAGCCAAGCGGAAGCCCAAGCGAGCCCCUGCCAAGGACGUCUGCUACGACGCUUUUGUCUCCUACAGCGAGAACGACUCUGACUGGGUGGAGAACAUCAUGGUGCGGGAGCUGGAGCAGGCCUGCCCGCCCUUCCGGCUCUGCCUCCACAAGCGGGACUUUGUGCCCGGGAAGUGGAUCGUGGACAACAUCAUCGACUCCAUAGAGAAGAGCCACAAAACCCUCUUUGUGCUGUCCGAGCACUUUGUGCAGAGCGAGUGGUGCAAAUACGAGCUGGACUUCUCGCACUUCCGCCUCUUUGACGAGAACAACGACGCCGCGAUUCUCGUCCUGCUGGAGCCCAUCCAGAGCAAGGCCAUUCCCAAGCGGUUCUGCAAGCUGCGCAAGAUCAUGAACACCAAGACCUACCUGGAGUGGCCUCUUGAAGAAGAGCAGCAGAAUAUGUUUUGGGAAAACCUGAAAGGAGCCUUGAAGUCAUAG